CGCGCAUUCGAGGUCAAGUCUAUCCAGCGGAGCGGUUCAGUCCGGCGCAGUCCCUGUUUAAACACUGAAACAGGAGGCUACUGAGGGCCUUAUAGGAAAAACAGGCGAACAGCAGCGUUGUCUACAGUCUCAGCUUAUUUGUGCGCUUUGUGUUUGUGUCUUUAAACGUCUAGAAACCUUUAAAUCCGCGUUUACACUUCAUAAAACAACAUGAACGGACAGGUGAACGGUUUCCACAACUCCAUCAUCGAGGAGGACUGCUUUCUGUUCACGUCUGAGUCUGUCGGGGAAGGACACCCCGAUAAGAUCUGCGACCAGAUCAGCGAUGCUGUGCUGGAUGCCCACCUCAAGCAGGACCCCGAUGCUAAAGUUGCCUGUGAAACUGUGGCCAAGACUGGAAUGAUCCUGCUGGCCGGCGAGGUGACCUCCCGAGCUUGUGUGGACUACCAGAAGGUCGUCAGAGACGCCAUCAAGCAUAUCGGAUAUGACGACUCUUCUAAAGGGUUCGAUUACAAGACCUGCAACGUGCUGGUGGCUCUGGAGCAGCAGUCUCCUGAUAUUGCACAGGGAGUUCACCUUGACCGCAAUGAGGAAGAUAUUGGUGCUGGAGACCAGGGGCUGAUGUUUGGCUAUGCAACUGAUGAGACUGAAGAGUGCAUGCCCCUCACCAUCGUUCUGGCCCACAAGCUGAAUGCGAAAAUGGCUGAGCUGCGUCGUAACGGGACUCUGCCCUGGCUGAGGCCCGACUCCAAGACCCAGGUGACCGUCCAGUACAGGCAGGACCGUGGUGCCAUGCUGCCUGUGCGAGUGCACACUGUGGUGGUGUCUGUGCAGCACGAUGAGGUGGUGUGUCUGGAUGAGAUGAGGGAUGCUCUUAAGGAAAAGGUGGUGAAGGCUGUUGUGCCCAGCGUUUAUCUGGACGAUGACACCAUCUAUCACCUGCAGCCGAGUGGACGCUUUGUGAUCGGAGGCCCUCAGGGUGAUGCUGGUCUGACUGGCCGUAAAAUCAUUGUGGACACGUACGGAGGCUGGGGUGCUCAUGGCGGUGGCGCAUUCUCGGGCAAAGACUACACCAAGGUGGACCGCUCCGCUGCUUAUGCUGCCCGCUGGGUGGCAAAGUCUCUGGUGAAGGCUGGACUGUGCAAACGAGUUCUGGUCCAGGUGUCCUACGCCAUCGGAGUGGCCCAUCCUCUGUCCAUCUCCAUCUUCCACUACGGCACGUCUCAGAGGAGCGAGAAGGAGCUGCUGGACAUCGUGAAGAAGAACUUUGACCUCCGUCCCGGGGUCAUCGUCAGAGAUCUGGACCUGAAGAAGCCAAUCUAUCAGCGCACCGCCGCCUAUGGCCACUUUGGCCGCGAGUCCUUCCCUUGGGAGGUGCCCAAAAAGCUUAAAUACUAAACCUUGUAACUCCCUCUGCUCUCGGUCAGCAGGCGUACACUACAGAGAAGCCUCGCUGCCCUGAGUAGAGGGAUGCAGUACCAAAACCCCUCCUGCUCAAAUGCCCUCCUGUUUAAACCCCAUAUUAAACCCUGUCCUGUCCCCGAACGUCCCGUCCCAUCUCUCCUUUCCCCCUGUUCUGGUGGCUUUUAUCUAAAGCCUGACGUCCCAAAGGUGCAUAUCUUCCCUUCUUCUCACAACGCUCCUCCAACACGCACACCUCACCUUUGUUCUUUCUUUCUGACCUUUAACCUUGUUCCUUGUGUUCUUUUUUUUUUUUUUUUUUUUUUUUCCAACUGUUUCUAGAAAGUUCUGUUGAAUUGCUUCGUUAUUUUUAUUUUUUCCUCUUUCUAGUCCCUCUUCUGUUCUUUAACUCUUUUUAUUUCCCUGCUCUCCCCUGUUUUUCUGCAUCAUGCUAAAUGAAUUAGUGAUGGCACAAAUAAGCAAGGUCAAAGAGUUUGCUAAGCAUUGCUGGAUGAAGCACUAGUCCCUCUUUAGACUCGGUUUAUUUAUAUAUUUUUUAAUUAUACUUAUUUUAAUUACAAAAGCACCAAUGCUUACUUUUGUUUUGUAAUUUUUUUUUUUUUUUUUUAACCAGAUUGACCAUCUUUUUUUUGUUUUGUUUGUUUAAAGAGGAGUAUUACAAUCGUUAACGGGAUCAAAACCUCUUCUAAAGGGUCGGACAAUUUUUAAGUUUAAAAUUGAAAUUAAACGAUAGAAAAAAAAAGGAGGGCCUGUCUUGGGUUGGAUGAUCACUCAACCUGACUCUACUCAAUUUGACUCAAAAGUCGUAAAAGGUUACGUUACUAUGUUAUUUGUUCUAGCUCGACUCUAGCUCAACUCAAGCAGUUUAUUUAUGAUUGGCUGAUUGGGCGAGUAAUAAAUAUAUAAAUAUAUUUUUAGACAAUGCUGUAAAGGGUUUUAUUUUUCAGAUGUCAUCUAUAAAGCCGCAGCUCCUGCAGGCCACACUUUUUCUGGUGUGUUACAGAGAAGCCAGAAGCUGCUACCAACCCACGUGGUUCUGCGGGGGGCCGCGGCCAUAACCACUUCCCCUAUACCCCCCUCUAUCUACCCAUGCCACCCUCUGUUAGGCGUCUAUCUCUAUAUACUCUAUAGACCACAGCGAGGGCACUGCACUUCCCCGCCGCGAGAGGGCGACAGCGGGGCGUAGCUACAGAGAAGCCCUGUUCCCUCGCCGCUCUUGCGGAGGGGCUGCCUUCGUCACUUGAAGUUGCAUACGCUCCAUACUUGAAGAAACAACAAAAAGAACGUUGUAUUGCUUGGCGACGCUCUUCGAGCCCUGGUGUCCAUACAGAAAAGCCAGGGGUCCUCGGGAGGGUCUCUAUCUCAAUCUUCUUUAAAAGUUCCUUUUGUACACGUGUAAAACUGAAUCUUUUUAAGCGAAAUAAUAAUAAAUUAGUAUUUUUUUCAUUGUUUUCCAUUUGCCUGAGCACCGUCGUUUUUGGUGUAUGUCCCACGCGCCCACCUGUUGGCAUCCUCGCAGUGUCCUACAGAAAAGCUGCGAAGCUCUACCAGCAGGGGGCGCUGGAAGCUGUGACCAUUUUUGACUAUUUUAUUAUUUAUAUGAUUUUUACCUGAAAGAUAUCGGCAGAUCCGGUGAGACUGACCACAUACGCACUCAUACAAAGCGCACGUUUUUACGUUUUUUACGUGUUGCCCGUGCCGCGCCCCAGGCAGAAGCAGCCGCUGGCCGGUGUUGUACAGAGAAACCGGCCUUGUUUACGUGCUCUGCCCGGCGUGGAUGUCUUUUUAAUUUAAUUUUGUUUCUGUUCCAUCUGAUGUUUUCCUUCCUCGAAUGCCAGAGAGUGGUGGUGCGACAGACUGGUUACUGAAAGAGUAAAAGUGCCUUUUCUAUUAUUUUUUUCUCUUUCCCUGCCCUACUACCUCUUGCCCUCAUUUCCACCCCUGUCCUGCUGUACCCAACAAAUGUCCUCCUGUGAUAAAUGUACCAACUCACAAUCCUCAAGCCCCUCCUCCUCCCUCUGCUGUCCCUUGUUGGUAAUUUUGAAUAAAAAUUCUGCCCUGAA